CUUUUUGCACCUGUUUCACGGACAAGAUAAAUAUGCAAAGGGAAUAAUCAAGAAAUCACUUGGCAAGACCGCUCCCUUAAGCUUGGAUCACUCGUUUCACUAAACAUGAGGUCUUUUCUUGUUUCGUCUCUUACCCUCCUCUUCCUUGCCAGCCACAUUGAAGCUGCGGAAGUGCAAAACACUUCCAGCAGUGGAAUUAACAUUACCAUCUCAAAAUCAACCCACAGUCCAUUGCCAGCUCCAGCUCCAUCUCCUUCAGCUAGUAACAUCAACGUUACUGAGUUUUUGAAUAGCCUACUCUUGGGAUAUGACAAACGACUUAGGCCUAAUUUUGGAGGGCCUCCAGUUAAUGUGACUAUAACAACUUUCAUCGAGUUCAUUGGUGAUAUCGACGAGAUUAACAUGGAAUUCACCACUAUUUUGUACUUUCGUCAAUACUGGGAUGACCCACGACUUGCUUAUAAAGACAGUGAAUACAAAAAGAGAUUGUCCUUCAAUCCAGAUAUGCUCAAAUUCAUCUGGGUUCCAGAUACUCACUUUCCGGGAAUCAAGGAUGGAGCCAAACAUGAUAUUACCGCUACUAAUGAAGUUAUUAGAAUAUUCCCGAAUGGAACUAUUCUAUAUAGCAUGAGGUUGAAAGUGACGUCACAGUGCUCCAUGGAUCUUCGAAACUUUCCAAUGGAUAAGCAAAAAUGUAAACUAAAAAUGGAAGCAUUUAGCUAUGAUGAAGAAGAGAUGACUCUUGCAUGGCAUCCCAUCAACCCUGUUAAUGUAGCAAAAGGCAUAGAGAUCCCAAGUUACAGCCUUGAAGACGUGACAUGGUAUACAGGCAAAGAAGAAUUUACAACAGGGUCGUACUCUCUUCUGACAGUGCAGUUUGAACUUGAUAGGCGCCUUGGUUUUCACAUGAUCCAGAUAUAUCUGCCAUCUUAUUUGAUUGUCAUACUGGCUUGGGUAAGCUUCUGGGUUGAUCGUGAGCAAACUGCUGCCCGGAUCGCCAUGGGUAUCACCACCGUGCUGACUAUGGCAACCCUCAUUGGUAGUGCCCGUGUGUCCCUACCUAAAGUGUCUUACGUCAAAUCCCUGGAGUGGUUCCUCAUCAUGUGCUUCUUGUUUGUUUUCUCUGCCAUUCUUGAGUAUUCAUUUGUAUCUUAUCUGGUCUUCCGACAAAGGAUCAAGAACCGCGAAGAUCUUGCACGUGAUCCGCAGCAUUCCCGUGAGAUGCUCCUUCCCGAAGAAGCUGUGCUCGAGGGUGAUCAAGACGGCAGCGGAGAACCGGGCCAAGAAGCGGUUUGGGUACCGAGUAAGCAACAAGUGGAGACAGUGUUGACCAAAACAGGAGUUGCACCUUGCAAGAAGAAUGUCAGUCGGGCAAGGAAGGAUCAAAGCAGCAUUGUGGCUCUCAUCAACAAGGUUGAGAUUGUUUGGCGAAUUGCCUUUCCUUUGACCUUUUUGCUGUUGAAUCUAAUCUACUGGGUGUAUUACUUGGCAGUAUCAGUUUCUAAAUAAAUGAUCUGAGGAUUGAACUCAGUUUUUAAUGCAAUCGGAUAGUCAAUAGCAUUAAUGCCGAUUCGUUGAAAAAGUUCUAUAUCUAAUACGAUAGAUAUGGUGCAUGAACUGAUUGUAUCUGGCAAUAUCACUGCUAUUGCUGCAGCUAUAUUAUCGCAUGUUGUAAGGUAAACUGAUCAGUGAUAUGAUUCUAUAUAUAACAGUUGAAGUUUAGGCCCAUAGAUUUUUAUUUAAAAAUUGUUCAUGAGCUGAAAGCUUUCCAAGAAAGUGAUAGAAUAAAGGUAUUCCUGCUCCAUUAGAUAAGACAUAGCAAAAAAAAAUCCUGUGUUAUUCACCUCUAGAAGGUGCAUAAUGUGUACCAAGCUAGGUCGCACUUUUAAGUGUUUGGUUGAGUAUAAUCUUAAAUAAUAUCUAAAAUCUAAAAUAUUAUUAUUUUAGCAUAGCUUUAUUCGAA